GUGUCACAGGGUUCUUUUUCAAUAUCCCAUUCAGUGGGCUCCUCAAAUUCCAGAAGCCUCUCCCCCACCCCCAGCCUUGUUUCAGCUACCCAGCCACCAGCAGACCCAAUUGCCCCAAUUUGAUUCUACACCCUUCCUAGGUCUACAGCUGCUGUUUUACUAACAGGUAUGAACACCUCCAGUUCUGGACAAACAUUUGAAAUAAUAUAGGGUUGCCUGUCUGAGCAAGGGGGUUGGACUAGGACAGGGCUAUGCUGACUCAGGAAUUCUGGGAGUUGAAGUCCAUGAGUCAUAAAAGAGCCGAGGUUGCCUACAUCUGCACUUGGAGACCUCCAAGGUCCCUUCCAAUUAUUCUGUAUUCUGUAAUUCUCCUUUUCCCUUUGCUUCCAGUUUCCUACUCGGAUUAAAAAAAUCCACAUCCCUGUUUUUCUGGAGUGUCUGCUAUUUUUAGGAAGCGAAACUGAACACAAUCCAAAGCUACUUUCGUUUUCCUACAAACAGCUGAUUUUUCCCACUGGUCCAUGUGGGGAGCGGGGUCUCUGAUAGGCAGGAGCGUGUGUGAUUGGAAAUGGGAGGAGCGUUUUAUUACUUCGAAGAAAAUCUGCCCGCCGCAUUUAGGCGUAUGUAAGGGGCAAUCGGAGCUUUCAAUCUGAGGAAUUUGGGUCCGUCCCAGCCUGCGUGGGGGUCUUCGACUUCUGCUCCUUUUAGAAAAGCAAUUUUCCCCCCACCAGAGCCUUCUGCAGAGAGCUGGGUCUUCACAUCAUGUGUCCAAAGUCAGUUCAUUUGAGCCUGGACAUUUGAGCCUCGGUGAGAACUCUGGGUUGAUUCGUUUGAUGAUCCAUUGGUUUGUUUUCUUGGCUGUCCACGGUAUUCUCCGGGGUCUUCUCCAACUCCAAAAUUCAAAGUGCCUGACAUAGCUGAGAGACAUCCCAGUGUCUCUUUUCCUUUCCAGAUAUUCUGCACACAAAAAAGCGCAAGUAUGGGCAGUAGAGAUCCUAUAAUCAGAGAAUACGAAGUCUUAAAGAGUAACUCCCAAGAGAGGUUAAAUGAAAUGCAGUAUUGGCCCCUUAGUAUUGCAGUUACUGGACUGGCAGGGGCUGGUAAAUCCUCCUUUGUCAACGCCUUCCGGGGUGUAAGCAACGAGGAUGAGGAGGCAGCCAAGGUUGGGCCAGAAGAAAAAACCUUAGAGCCAAAGGCGUAUCGUCACCCUUUUAUUGCCAAAAUAACAAUAUGGGACCUUCCAGAGAUUGGAACGUGCAACUUUAAUGCAGAGAAAUAUCUGAACGAGGUCCAGAUCGACAAAUACGAUGUCUUUGUUAUUGUUGCCUCCCACUGCUUCCUUGAAAAUGAAGCUCUGCUGGCAAAGGAGAUAAAAAGAAAGGGAAAAAUGGUUUACUACGUGCGUACCAAAAUAGACGUCUAUAUUGAAGGCGCAAGGAGGGAAAGGAAUUUCAACGAGGAGAGAACCUUGGCGCGGAUAAAGAAAUAUUGUGAAGAUGGUUUGAGAGGGGCCGGGGACCGUUAUGCAAGGGUAUUUCUGAUAUCCAACCAUCAUAUGCACUUGUAUGAUUUCCCUACCUUGAAACACAAAAUAACCGCGGAACAUCCAGAGCAGAAGAAGCUUAUUUUAAAACUGGUUCUGCAGAUCUUCUCAGAAGAAAAUUUGAAACAGAAAAAAGGGAAAAUGAAAGCCCGAAUAAAUAGGGAUGCGUUUGUAUCUGGCACUAUUGGAGCCGUGCCUAUUCCGGGUCCCUCUCUUCUUUCUGAUAUUGGAAUUUUGCUGAAUGCCCUGAGACGCAUCCGCAGUGAAUUUGGUCUAAACGAAAGGACCCUCCGUUUUCUGGCCCUUGAGACGGAAAAAGAAUAUGAAGAGCUGAGGUCAGCAGUCAGGAGAACCCCCUUAGUAAUCAAUAGGGAAUUGGUGCUUUCUUAUUUGAGUAAGUCCUCUGUUUGGAUGGCUGUGUCGGUUGUGGAACUGGGUUUUGAUUUUAUACCCGUUGUCGGGUCUGUGUUCGGUGGAGUGAGUUCAUUUGGUGUCACAUAUCACUUUCUGAACAAGUUUCUUGACGAUGCUAUGGAAGACGCCCAAAAUGUUCGAGUGAAACUUGAGGAAUCAGACUUCCAAGACACCCCAAGCCCGUCUUGAAGGAGACAGUCAAGCAUUUCAUCCAAAUAAGAAGAGGGGGGAAAAUAAUAAUAAUAUGCUUCAAUGCCUUAUUAGAACUAUCUACCUGCUUCUUCUUUUAAUAAUUCUCCAAUUGAAGAAUGUGCUUGAUUCUGCUAAGAGCAGUUAAGUAUCUCUGUCUGCGGCUGUUCCCGUGGGAAGUCAGAAAUGAAAUAUUUAUUUAUAUUUUGGGGGAAAUUCUUUUCCUUAUCUGUUUUCUCACUUUUGCUUUUUUUGUUGUUGUUCUUUUUGUAACAAUGAUCAACAAUAAACUAGUGGAGCUUUUGCUGCAAAA